AUGAAAGUCGCCGCCGCCGCGGCCGGGACCUUCGUCGUCGCGCCUCUGCAGGGGCCGCCCGUGGAUCUGGCCGAGCUGUUGGGCUCUCAAGCGGCCUCCGAAAGGAACCGGGCCUCGGGCCUCCGUUCAGGCGGGCGCAGGCGUUCCCCCGCCUCCGCCUGUUCUUCUCCGCCCGGAGAGCUUCCGAGGGAGACCCCCGGGGAGGGGGCGGCCUGGGCUGCGGCAGAGGCCCUCCCGCUGAACGUCGGCGGCAGGCCGGCCCCCGCCCCGGCCCAGGGUGGCGGCGGCGGCGGCGGCGGCGGCUCAGCUUCAGUCCGGCCGUCCCCGGGCCCGGCCGUCCAGCUGGCCGGAGCCUCGCUCAGCGCCUCUCCCGCUUCCUCCUCCUUUGCAGGGGUCCGGCCGCCCGCGGCAGAGAUGGAGCCGCUGGCCGCCGCCAGUCAGCUGGGAGCGGGGCGCGAAUCUGGCUCCUCCUCCUCCUCCUCGUCCUCAGCUUCGUCCUCUUCCUCGUCCUCCCCUCACUCCAAGCAGGAGCUGCAGCCCUACGCCGGCCCCGGCCCUCUGAAGCCCAACCAGGUCGGGGAGACCUCGCUCUACGGCGUCCCCAUCGUCUCGCUGGUCAUCGACGGGCAGGAGCGCCUCUGCCUGGCGCAGAUCUCCAACACGCUGCUCAAGAACUACAGCUACAAUGAGAUCCACAACCGUCGGGUGGCGCUGGGCAUCACCUGCGUGCAGUGCACGCCGGUGCAGCUGGAGAUCCUGCGCCGGGCCGGCGCCAUGCCCAUCUCCUCGCGCCGCUGCGGCAUGAUCACCAAGCGCGAGGCCGAGCGGCUCUGCAAGUCCUUCCUGGGCGAGCACAAGCCGCCCAAGCUGCCCGAGAACUUCGCCUUCGACGUGGUGCACGAGUGCGCGUGGGGCUCCCGCGGCAGCUUCAUCCCCGCGCGCUACAACAGCUCGCGCGCCAAGUGCAUCAAGUGCAGCUACUGCAGCAUGUACUUCUCGCCCAACAAGUUCAUCUUCCACUCGCACCGCACGCCCGACGCCAAGUACACGCAGCCCGACGCCGCCAACUUCAACUCCUGGCGCCGCCACCUCAAGCUCAGCGACAAGGGCGCCGCCGACGACCUCAGCCACGCCUGGGAGGACGUCAAGGCCAUGUUCAACGGCGGCACCCGCAAGCGGACCUUCUCCCUGCAGGGCGGCGGGGGCGGCUCCUCGGCGGCCAAGAGCGCGCUGCACCCGCCGCCGCCCGCCCCGCCUGACCUGGCCCCGGCGCACAAGAGCCUGCGCUGCAGCGGCGGGGCCGACGAGGCCCCCGGGACGGAGCGCGGAGGACUGGGCUUGCCCCCCGGGGCGCACGGCCCGGCCGCGGCCGCCGUACGAAGCUACCCGGUCAUCCCGGUGCCCAGCAAAGGCUUCGGGAUGCUGCAGAAGCUGCCCCCGCCGCUCUUCCCGCCGCCCUACGGCUUCCCCGCCGCCGCCUUCGGCUUGUGCCCCAAGAAGCAGGAGGACCCCCUGGGCGGCGGCGGCGGCGAUCCCAGCAAGGGCUCGGAGCCGUCUGGCAGCGAGCGGAGCAGCGCCACCCCGCAGGAGGGCUGCGGCGGCACCGGCGAGGGCGAGCGCUGCCCCAGCGCCCUCUCCAGAGCCACGGCGGCCCUCGGGGAGGAGGAGCGCUCCGGCGACGAGGCCCUGCUGGCGCCCCUGCCGCUCCCCAGGAAGGGCAGCUACCUCUCGGCCUUCCGCCCGGUGGUGAAGGACGCCGAGAGCAUCGCCAAGCUCUACGGGACCAGGGAGGUCUACGCCGGCCCGCGGGGCUGCCCGGGCUACCUCUCCCCGGACUUCCUCAGCGAGGGCAGCUCCAGCUACCGCUCCCUCUCGCCCGGGAACGAGACGGCGGGCGAGCCGGACGUGGACGUGGAGACGAACCGCUUUGCGGAGGACGACGACGAGGACGAGGAGGAGGACGAGGCGCCCGGGGGAGACGCGCCGCCGCCGCCGCCGCCGCUCUUGCCCGAGGCGGACGCGUCUCUUGCAGCAGCCCCGGGAGGAGGCCUGGCCACGGCGGAGAAGGCGGCGGAACCGGAGGAGAGUCCCUCGGAGAGGACCAGCAGCCGGGCUGGCUACGAGGCCUAUCCUCCGGGGAGAGACCACUGUCCGCAAGCGCUCAAAGCCGUUGUCUCCCUGGGCCCACCCAGCACUCCCUAUCCCUGCGCCCCAGAGAAAAACGACCCCGAAGACGAUCCCUCGGCCGCAGAGGAGCCGGAGGGCAGGAAAGCCUCGCCGAGGCAAAGAAGCGCCUCGCAGCCCAGCCCGACUCAGGCCGAGCGAGGUGAGGAAGUGACCCUCCUCGACGUCACUGGGACUCAGCUGGGGGAGAAGGACCUGGGCGCUCUGGCAAGAGACGAACUGCAGAGACUCCUCCUGGAGCAGAUGGACCUCAGGAAGAAAUUGGAACGGGAAUUCCAAAGUCUCAAAGACAACUUCCAGGACCAGAUGAAGCGGGAGCUGGCCUACCGGGAGGAGAUGGUGCAGCAGCUGCAGAUCGUGCGCGACACCCUGUGCAACGAGCUCGACCAGGAACGGAAGGCCCGCUACGCCAUUCAGCAGAAGCUCAAAGAGGCCCACGACGCGCUGCACCACUUUUCCUGCAAGAUGCUGACUCCCCGCCACUGCGCUGGCAACUGCUCCUUCAAGCCCCCCUUGUUGCCCCAGUGA